CACUUUUGCCCAUAUAACUAUAUAGAACAUAAGUCUAUUGUAACUUUGAGUGACUUGCUUGCACCUAAGACCGCACCUAAGAUCGAUCGUGUUGGUUUGGGAGGCAGUGGCCGACGCCCCGCCGCUGGCGGCGUGUUGAGCCUUGUUGACAACACCUAAAACAUGGCAGGACGCGGGAGAGCCGCCACAUUGCCAGCAUGGAUGACUACCCGGACCUUCCGCGCCUGGCGUCCCGCUCUUCGGUGGGCCCCCAAGCUCCCUACCGCACCAGCCCCACUGCCUCGGGGCUCCACUGACCCCGCCACCCACCGCUGCCAUGCGGCGAGGCUUUUGCUGAGGGGCCGGCACCCGGGAACACUCCAGGAGGCGCUGGGGGUGGGCCGCAUCACCUCGCGCCGCAAGGGCCGGGAACUCCGGGGACUGCGCCCCCGGGGGCUGGGCCACCACCGGGAGCAGGCUCUGCGCCGGCAGGGCAUCCACCGCCAGGACAACAGCCGCCUACCGGGUCGGGCGCACCGUCACCUGUGUCUACUCCGCAGACAGGACAGCCGCCGGCGCUGGGCCAGCAACCUGGGGUUGCACGGAGCGCCGCCGCCAGGGAUGAUGGGCCCGCGGCCGCCGCCGGGGCCCUUUCCCGGAAUGGGGCCGCCGCCGCCGGGUAUGCCUUAUCCCCCGCCGGGUGCCCAUAUGCCUCCGGGGCCGGGCAUGAUGCCGCCACCGUACGGUAUGCAGCCAGGUGGCCCGCCGCCCAUGGGGAUGCCCCCACCUGCCGGCUGGCACCCAGGCAUGCCGCCGCCUGGGUAUCCCCCUCGGCCCAUGCCAGGAUUCCCACCCGGCAUGCCGCCCCCGGGGAUGCCGCCUCCUGGAAUGCCCGGUAUGCCGAUGGGGCCACCGCCCAUGGCUGGGGGCAUGCAGCCCCUCCCUGGCGCCCCGCCGGGCCACCCGGCCCCGCAACAGCAGGCCCCACAGCAGCAACCACCACCACAGGCAGCGGCUCCAGGGCAGCAAGCACAAGGGCAGCAGCAAGCCCAGCAGCAGCAUUCGGCGGCGGCGCAGCAGGCGGCAGCCGCUAGCGCGGCGGCGACCGCGGCGCAAGGGGCCGCGGCCGCUGCUUCUUCCGGUCCUCCCAAGGAGUGGACGGAGCACACGGCGCCUGACGGACGCAAGUACUAUUACAACGCGAAGACGAAGCAGUCCAGUUGGGACAAACCAGAGGAGUUCAUGACACCGCAGGAGAAGGCGGAGGCUAGUGGCUGGAAGGAGUACACCGCCCCUGAUGGCCGCAAGUAUUACCACAACAGGGUAACCAAGGAGAGCAAAUGGACCAUGCCGGAUGAACUCAAGGCAGCGCUGGCGGGUGGCGGCGGUGGAGCAGCUGCUGGCACCGGUGGAGCCAUCGCUAGCGCGCCGGCGCCGGCGGCUGGUGGCGCUGCAGCCGCAAAGCCGGCUGCCGUGCAAGUUGUAUCGCUGGCGGCGGCCGACGGCGCCGCUUCCCGAGGCGGCGAAGCUGCAGCAGCGACGCCUGCGGCGGCGGGGACGGGCGGUGGCGCUGCCAGCAGCCUGGCCUCCCCUUCGGCUACGGAGGGGCCCUCGCAAUCGGCUGCUUCGGCAGACCCGAAAAGCUACACCUUCGCCACCAAGGAGGAGGCUAAGGACGCAUUCAAGGAGCUGCUGGCAAGUGUGGGAUGUCGCAGCGACUGGACCUGGGAGCAGGCCAUGAGGCUGACUGUGAACGAUCCACGCUACUCGGCGCUCAAGACGCUGGGCGAGCGCAAGCAGACGUUCAACGAGUACGUGCAAGCGCGGCGGAACGAGGAGAAAGAGGAGGAGCGGCGGCGGCAGCGGCAGGCGCGUGAGGAUUUCCUGGCUAUGUUGGCCUCCUCUGAAGAACUCAAGGUGACCCACCCCUUCCGGCGAGCCAAGGAGCUGUUUGAGGACGACCCUCGCUGGAAGGCGGUUCCGGAGCGGGAGCGAGAAGAGCUCUUUCACGACGCACAGCGCGAGCGGGACAAGCGAGAGAAGGAGGAGCGGCGGCAGGAGCGCAAACGGCGCUGUAACGCCUUUCGCGAGCUGCUGGAGAGCUCGGGUUUAAAACCGGGGGCUGAGUGGCGCAAGGUGUCCAAGCGCCUAGAGGGCGAAGAGGAAUACGAGGCGCUUGACAAGGUGGAGCGACUCGAGGUGUUCCAGGAAUUUGUCAAGGACCUGGAGCGGCGGGAGAAGGAGGAGAAGGAGCGCGAGAAGGAGGAGCGCAAACGGCAGGAGCGCCGUGCGCGCGACGCGUUCAAGGACCUCUUGCGGAGGCAUAGGGAUGAAGGGCUCAUCAGUGUGCGCAGCCGUUGGAAGGAGUACUCGGAGCAAGUGGUUUCGGAGGAGGCCUACCGGGCAGUGGAGGCAAAUACGUCGGGAAGCAGGCCCAAGGAGCUGUUUGAGGAUCUUAUCGAGGAGAUGGAGCAGGAGUACGAGAAGGCCAAGGAUACGUUGAAGGUGUUGCUGAAGGACGGCGGGUUUACUGUUACGCCUACCACAUCGUACGAGCAAUUUGAAGAUGCGCUGGCGGCGGCAGCGGCGGGGUCGCCUGACGCGGACACAACGGGCAAACUGGCGGCGCUACUUCCCACCUACAAGCGCACCUACUACGAGGAGACGGUGGCCAAGGCGAAGGUUCGGGAGGCGGAGGAAGCCGAGCGUCGCCGUCGUGCUCGUGACAAGUUAUCUUCCUACAUGCGGCACUGCCGGCCAGCUGUGCGGGAGGACAGUGCGUGGGAGGACUGGCUGCGGGAGCACGAGCGCGAACCCGAGGUCAAAGCGCUGCCUCUGGAGGAGGUCCACGCCAUGUUUGAUGAGCAUGACCGCAGUGACGAGGACGAGGACCACAAGUCCAAGAAGCAUAAGAAGGACAAGGACAGGGAGCGAGAUCGGGAUAGGGAACGCGAGCGGGAACGCGAACGCGAGCGGGAGCGGGAGCGGGGCGGUCGUGCAGGCGACUCUGACCAGGACAGCGGAGAGAUCCGAGAUUAA